GAAGUCGGUUCGAGUUUUGAGAUUCCUAGCUAACAACGUAAGAUAGCUUUUGAAGUCGGUUCGAGUUUUGGGGUCACAGGUAGAGUUUCGGACUGAUUCAAGGUUAGCACAGGGUUCAUAUCGAUGGCUUCGAAGAAGGUGACCCUGAAGAGCUCAGACGGUGAGGAGUUCGUGAUCGAUGAGGGAGUGGCCCUUCAAUCACAGACGAUCAAGCACAUGAUCGAGGACGACUGCACGGAAAACGGCAUCCCACUCCCCAACGUUACAAGCAAGAUCCUCUCGAAGGUCGUCGAGUACUGCAAGAAGCACGUCGAGUCAGCUGACCGCUCCAGCGACGACGAGCUCAAGGCCUGGGAUGCAGAUUUCGUCAAGGUCGAUCAGGCGACGCUCUUCGAUCUUAUCCUGGCAGCAAACUAUAUGAACAUAAAGAGCUUGUUCGACCUAACUUGCCAAACAGUGGCUAACAUAGUAAGAGGAAAGACUACUGAAGAGAUCCGUGAGAAAUUCAACAUCGAGAACGAUUUCACCCCUGAGGAAGAGGAAGAGGUUCGACGAGAGAAUCAAUGGGCUUUUGAGUAAAUGAUACCUCUGACCACCGCUUACCAAUUGUUGAUCAUACAUAUACUUGGAGGUGGCGGUGGUUGUAUGUACAGAGUCAUUAAAUUAGUAGGGUUGGUUGAGUUUUUAAUUGUAUAGAGGGGUUGGUUGCAUGAAGACUAUAUGGAUAGUCGCUUUCAACCUCAGAUUUGCUUUCUUUCCUUUUUAAUCAUUUGCAUUGCUUUCUAAUCUUCCAUGCGUGGGAUUCUUUUCCUUUUUGGUUUUAUUUUUUAAAGAAUGUAAAAGAGAGAAAUAAAAGAGAAGAAGACCACAAAGCUGGAAUUCAACCUGAUGUAUGGGCCAAAAAUCUGAAAAUCUAAAAAGUUAACUUACUUUUA